AUGGCAUCCCCAACAACUUCGACUCAAGAUUAUCAUGCGAACCCGGAGACUCCACUUUCAACUGGUGAUGCUGUUAGAAGGGAUAUGAUGCAUGAACUUUUUGGAUCUUCCGCCGAAAGCGAAAAUAGCAUGGAGCAUGAAGUUAUGAAUGAAGACGAUGGAGAUUCCUAUGAACUUUCAAACCAAAUUGAAGAAGAUGGAGAUGAGAAUAUGGAGGAUGAAGAAGAUUUAUUUGGAGCUGAUAAGCAUGCAUGUGAAGAGUUGAUGAAAAAUGGGCCUCAAUCUGGUUUAGAGUUUGAAAGUAGAGAACGGAUCUUUGCAACAUAUCAAGCUUUUGCGAAGGUAAAGGGAUUUAGUAUUAUAACAAGAACUGCACGUAGUGAUAAGUAUCUUUUGCUCUCAUGCGGAAGGGCCCGAAAGCCAAAUGCAAAGAAAUACACUAAGAAAAUCAAUUGUCCUACUCGUUUGAAUGCGAUAAAACAGGACAACGGCAAUUGGAAGAUUUCAACAUUUUGCAAUGAGCAUAACCACGAUCUAGAGCCACAACUUUCUGAAUUUAUGCCGGCACAUAGGCACCUGACAACUCAUUUGAAGGUCCUUUUAGAGGCAUAUGACCGUGCAGGAUCAAGGUUAUGUAAGAGUGUAAGAACGAUGGAAGUUCUUGCCGGCGGGCCAUCUAAUUUAGGAGCUUCGACGAGAGAUUGCAGAAAUCAUGUUGACAAAAUGCGGAGGCUAAGACUAGGAGAUGGAGAUGCUAAUGCCAUUCAAAAGAUGUUUAAGAGGCUGCAGCAAAAUGAUAGAGACUUCUUUUAUCUGAUCGAUAUUGGUGAUGAUUCUAGACUUCGCCAUGUCAUGUGGAUUCAUCCGCGGAGUAGGGCUGCAUACCAGGAUUUCCACGACGUCGUGAGCUUUGACACGACUUAUCUCGUCAAUCAAUACAAUAUGCCUUUUGGAACUGUUGUGGGGGUUAAUCAUCACCACCACUCCAUUCUAUUAGGAUGUUGUCUAUUGAGCGACGAGCGUGCAGAAUCAUUCAAAUGGUUCUUUAGUAAUUGGCUGGACGCAAUGGGAGGUGUUCAACCGACGGCAAUUUUGAGUGAUCAAGAUGAAAGCAUUACGAUCGCAUUGAGAGAAGUAUUGCCUGACAGUAUCCACCGCUUCUGUUUGUGGCAUAUUGUUUCGAAGAGCUCCAAGAAAUUCAGAGGUAUCGCUAAUUUUGAAAUGGCUUGUUUAGAUUUCAAUCGAGUGAUACAUGGCAGUUUUAGUAUUCCGGAAUUUGAAAAUAAUUGGCUCGAUUUUCAAGUUAAGUAUAACUUACAUGAAAAUAGUUGGAUAAAAAACUUAUAUGAAAUAAGGCAAAGUUGGGUGCCAGUAUACUCAAAGCACAUCUUUUGGGCUGGCAUGAUGUCGACUCAAAGAAGUGAGUCAAUGCAUGCAUUCUUCGAUAAUUACAUCAAUUCGAGGAGUACUUUGAAAAUCUUUGUUGAGCAAUAUGAGAUUUGUAUCGUCGAUAAGAUUCGAAAAGAGCUUCAAGCUGAAUAUUCGACGAAGUGCAGGCCUAUCACUUGUGUGUCAGAGUUUAAGUGGGAAUCACAAUUUGCUAAGGUAUACACUAAUAAUAUCAUGGAGCUUCUUCAGAAACAAGUGAAAAAGAUUUGGAAUUGCAAUCUCAUUUUGUUGGAGUCAGAUAGUAGCUCAAUGGAUAGAUAUGAUAUUACUGAGACACGUACAUCGAGCAAGUAUCCCUCUCCCAACGAGCUACAUUUCAUGGUUGAGCAUCGGCCUGUUGGGGGCUAUUUUGAUUGCAAUUGCAAGAAAUUCGAGAACAAAGGUAUUUUCUGCUGUCAUAUAUUGAAGGUUUUGGUAUUCAAAAAAAUUGAUCAUGUCAGCGAAAGAUAUAUUUUACGGCGAUGGCGGAAGGAUGUAUAUAGGCCACAUUUUAGCAUUUCUUUUGCGGGUGCAUAUCCACACAUGUCCAAGGAGUAUAAACAAUUUCAAGAGAUGGAACAAGAGUUUAUAAAAUGCAGCAAUUUGGCAAUCGAUUCGGAGGAGAAAAUCAGUUUUGUCAAAGAUAAGUUCAAAGAAAUUCAAAGAGAUCUUAAGAGAUGGAAACCUGCCGGCACAAUUUCUCUUCGAAGCCAAAAUACAUCUGAAGCAAUAGAAAUUGAUGCAGGUAAUAUUCCCAUUUUAGAUCCGGUUGUUGUCACUCGCAAAGGAAGGCCAAGGACUGCUCGAUUUAAAGAUCCAGCUGAAAAUAGGAAAGGUCGUGGCCGUGGUCGUGGUCGAGGUCGAAGUGGAGUUCGUGGUCCUUCUGUAAGUUGA